UACGAGCAGCAGUGUGUCUGUUAGCAAACGCACACAUAAACACACUGUGUGAUAGUCGGCUGUUUACAAUCGGUGUCCGGUUACUUGCCAACGGAUUCACAUCAUUUACUGUUACCGACACAGCACCAGCAUGAUGUUGAGGUACACUGUAGUCCGAGGCGGCCUCGGCCUGCUGGCUGUGAGGAGGGCCUGUCUUUCUCCCCGCUUCGCCCACUCUGCACCGAAGAACGAGUAUCGACCAAUCAAGAAAGUCAUGGUGGCCAAUAGAGGUGAAAUCGCUAUCCGUGUGUUCAGAGCCUGCACUGAACUGGGGAUUCGAACUGUGGCUGUCUACUCUGAGCAAGACACUGGACAAAUGCACAGGCAGAAAGCAGAUGAGGCUUACCUGAUUGGAAAAGGCCUGCCACCUGUUGCAGCAUACCUGGACAUUCCUGACAUCAUCAAAGUAGCAAAGGACAACAAUGUGGACGCUAUCCACCCAGGCUACGGUUUCCUGUCUGAGCGGGCAGACUUUGCACAGGCCUGCGCAGACGCUGGGGUGAUGUUUGUAGGACCAACCCCAGAAACGGUUCGCAAGAUGGGAGACAAGGUGGAGGCUCGUGCCCUGGCCAUCAGUGCAGGUGUACCUGUGGUCCCAGGAACAGAUUCCCCCAUCUCCUGCCUGCAGGAUGCGCAGGUGUUCGCCCAAACCUACGGCUUCCCCAUCAUCUUCAAGGCGGCCUAUGGAGGAGGUGGUCGUGGCAUGAGAGUGGUCAGAGAGUACGAGGAACUUGAGGAGAAUUAUCAGCGGGCCUACUCUGAAGCCCUGACGGCUUUUGGGAACGGAGCCCUGUUUGUUGAGAAGUUUAUUGAAAAGCCACGACACAUCGAAGUACAGAUCCUCGGCGAUAAAUAUGGUAAUGUCAUCCACCUCUACGAGAGAGACUGCUCCAUUCAGCGGAGACACCAAAAGGUUGUGGAGAUUGCACCGGCUUUCCAACUGGAUCCCCAUCUAAGAGACAGACUUCAUGCUGAUGCUGUCAACCUGGCCAAACAGGUGGGCUACGAGAACGCAGGGACUGUGGAGUUCCUAGUGGACAAACAUGGCAGACACUACUUCAUCGAGGUCAACUCGCGACUCCAAGUUGAACACACGGUCACUGAAGAAAUCACUGAUGUGGACCUGGUGCAUGCCCAGCUGCAUGUGUGUGAGGGCCGCAGCCUGCCAGAACUGUCCCUUAAACAAGACAAGAUCAGGGUGAACGGCUGUGCGAUCCAGUGCAGGGUGACGACCGAAGACCCAGCCAGAGGCUUCCAACCAGACACCGGCAGGAUUGAGGUUUUCCGAAGCGGUGAAGGCAUGGGCAUCCGUCUGGACAGUGCCUCGGCCUUCCAGGGUGCUGUGAUCUCGCCCCAUUAUGACUCGCUGCUCGUUAAAGUCAUCGCCAGUGGGAAGGACCUCCAGACUGCAGCUUCCAAGAUGAGCCGAGCCCUGGCCGAGUUCAGAGUGCGAGGGGUCAAGACCAACAUCCCGUUCCUCCAGAAUGUUUUUUCCAACCACCAGUUCCUCCACUCCACAGUGGACACCCAGUUCAUCGAUGAGAACCAGGAACUCUUCAACCUCAAACCCACUCAGAACCGAGCCCAGAAACUCCUGCACUACCUGGGUCAUGUGAUGGUUAAUGGACCAACCACACCCAUCCCAGUCAAGGCUAAGCCUUCCUCCAUAGACCCUGUCAUUCCUCCUGUCACCAUGGGUGAGCCUCCAGUAGGUUUCCGUGACGUGCUGCUUCGUGAUGGUCCUGAGGGUUUCGCCAAGGCUGUCCGUGCUCACCAAGGCCUGUUGCUAAUGGAUACCACCUUCAGGGAUGCCCACCAGUCACUUCUGGCAACUAGGGUCCGGACGCAUGACCUGAAGAUGAUCUCGCCGUUUGUCAGCCACAACUUCAACAACCUAUUCAGCUUGGAGAACUGGGGAGGUGCUACCUUUGAUGUGGCCAUGCGCUUCCUGUCAGAGUGCCCCUGGAAGAGACUGCAGGAGCUGAGAGCUUUGAUCCCAAACGUUCCCUUCCAGAUGCUGCUGAGAGGGGCCAACGCUGUGGGCUACACCAACUACCCUGACAACGCUGUCUUUAAGUUCUGCGAGGUGGCCAAGGAAAACGGCAUGGAUAUCUUCCGCGUGUUUGAUUCCCUGAACUACCUGCCAAACAUGCUGCUGGGCAUGGAGGCUGCUGGUGCAGCAGGUGGCGUAGUGGAGGCUGCCAUCUCGUACACAGGCGACGUCUCUGACCCGAUGAGGCAGAAGUACUCUCUGGAUUACUAUGUGAAACUGGCAGAUGAGCUUGUCAAAGCUGGAACCCACAUCCUGUGUAUCAAGGAUAUGGCCGGCCUGCUGAAGCCAGAGGCUAGUAAGCUUUUGAUUGGCUCUCUGAGAGACCGCUUCCCGGAUGUACCCAUCCAUGUGCACACACACGACACAGCUGGAGCCGGUGUUGCUGCUAUGCUGGCCUGUGCUGAGGCUGGAGCUGACGUGGUGGAUGUGGCUGUGGACUCUAUGGCGGGGAUGACCUCUCAGCCCAGCAUGGGAGCCAUGGUGGCCUGCGCCAAGGGGACCAAGCUUGACACUGGCAUUGCUCUGGAGAAGGUGUUUGACUAUAGUGAAUACUGGGAAGUAGCCAGAGGCCUGUAUGCUCCAUUCGACUGCACCGCCACCAUGAAAUCAGGCAACGCUGAUGUCUAUGAGAAUGAGAUACCUGGAGGACAGUACACCAACCUUCACUUCCAGGCUCACAGCAUGGGACUGGGAAAUAAGUUCAAGGAGGUGAAGAAGGCCUAUACUGAAGCCAACAAACUACUGGGAGACCUCAUUAAGGUGACUCCAUCCUCUAAGAUCGUGGGCGACUUGGCCCAGUUCAUGGUGCAGAACAACCUGACCAGGGCAGAAGUGGAGGAGAGGGCGGACGAGUUGUCCUUCCCCCUGUCUGUGGUCGAGUUCCUGCAGGGAUACAUCGGGAUACCACAUGGAGGAUUCCCGGAGCCGUUUAGAUCAAAGGUGCUGAAGUCCCUUAACCGCGUUGAGGGUCGUCCCGGUGCCUCUCUGCCCGCCAUGGACUUCAAAGUCCUGGAGGAGGGGCUCCGAGCUGCACACGGUGAAGAAAUCACCCCUGAGGAUGUGAUGUCAGCAGCCAUGUACCCCAAGGUGUUCCAGGAGUUCAAGGAAUUUACUGCUAACUUUGGUCCCGUGGACUGUCUCAGCACCAGGCUGUUCCUGGAUGGACCCAAGAUCGCUGAGGAGUUUGAGGUGGAGCUGGAGAGAGGAAAGAUCCUCCACAUCAAGGCGCUGGCACUGGGUGACCUCAACAAGGCUGGCCAGAGAGAAGUCUUCUUUGAGCUGAAUGGACAGCUGCGGUCUGUGUUGGUUAAAGACACUGUCGCCAUGAAGGAAAUGAAGUUCCACCCCAAGGCUCAGAAGUCUAUCAAGGGCCAGGUGGGAGCACCCAUGCCUGGGAAAGUCCUGGAGGUCAAAGUGGAAGUGGGAUCCAAGGUGGAGAAGGGUCAGCCACUGUGUGUCCUCUCGGCCAUGAAGAUGGAGACCGUGGUCAACUCCCCGAUGGCUGGUACCAUUAAGGCUGUCCAUGUCACAGCUGACGCCUCCCUGGAGGGAGAUGACCUGAUACUGGAAAUCGAGGAGUAGAGCGCGAGGGCAAAGGGAGGGAAGGAGUAGUGUGAGGCGGGAGUUAGAUCAUCUGAUUCUGUAAAUGGUGAGGUUUUAAAAAGAGAAAAAACUGAAAACGUGGAAGGGAAAAAACAGGAAUCCUUUUCGUCAAAGACGACUCUCAUCUGUGAAACAACUGGCAUAUUGGCCCUCAAUUUGUACAUAUUCUGUCCGGUCGUACUUGGGCACAAAAUGAAGCACAGCUCCACACAUAACUACAUGCCUGUAGCAUUUAAGUAGAUGAUAUGACAAUCCUUAAUAAUAUAUUAAUUUGAUUAAUCUUAAAUUGUAUGGCUAAUCAAACUAUUUAAUUCUCCCUAGGUGUGGUAAUUAGGUGAAAACAUAGUAUAUCUUAUUGAAUCUCUAAAUGUCCUGUUAACUUGUGGUAAAUAACAUAUUUUAGAACUGUGAUACAUUCCAUUACCUAACUGCUCUGUCUUAAAUGUGAUGUAUUACUAACAGGGUCAUACUUGCAAUUAAAUGGCACAAUUUCCAUUUCUGUGCUGUCGAUGUUGCCUAAUAUAUUCACAGUGAGUAGGUGAGCCUUCAUAUUAAUGACUACUUAAUAGUGUAAUUAGCAGGGUUCAGACAAAGAAGGAUAGACUUGAGGAUGUAUUACCAAAUUAUUUUUCAUAUGUAAACAAUAUUUUCAUUUUUUAACACAUGCUCGCCUCUGCAAGACAUUAUCAAUCUUUGACAUUAGCCACAGUGCAUUCUCAUACUGUGUAAUCACUGGUAGCGUUAGACUCUUAACUCUUUUGUUAGAAAUUGAACAUUGUUCCUUGGAAAGACAACAAAGUACACAGGUUUACACGGGCUGAGGGAAAGUAAUCACAAUAUUUUGUCCAACCUACUUCAGAUUUGUAUGAAUAAACAAUAUUUUCACGAUAAGAGAAGCACAACAAAGCAAGCGGCACCGUUUUUAGUUUAUGGAUGACGGGGACACAGUUGUACAUACCAGAAAUGUCCAAUGUUGCACCAAAGUGAAAUAUGUAUUCUGUUACUGUAUCAGUAAUAGUAGAUGGUUUAUUUUUUGAGAGAUCUGCACUGGUGGUAAAUGUUUCCCCAUUCACACCUGUCUUUAAAAUCCCAAAGCCAUAAUCACGUUAUAGCAACAUGAAAUGAAGCUGUAGGAUUAAAUUUAUGAUUUUUACAAAACACCUCUGUUAUAGUCAGUUUAAAUGUGGCUUUCUUAAUCCAAAACCAGUACUAAGGUGGCCCACUAAAAACCAACUGAGCUCUAUCUGGUGAAUCAUUUUUGAGGUGUGACUUUGAGGCCUUUUUAGUGUCUCUGUUAAUUGUGUGAUGUUGGAAAAGGUGUCAGCGGUACAGUCUGUCUUUUCAGAGCCAGGCAGAUUAUGGUGAAUGGUUUUCUGACUAUGUGGGGAUUUUAAUGCUAGGUGUAAAUGGGAUUACAUGGUGGUGUAAUGGAGGCAUGUGGUGUUAUUUUCUGAGGCGCUGCUGAUUAAUUUGUGAAUUAAUUCUCCGUCAAAUGAUGUGAAAUUAGCCGGACUAAUAAGAGACUCUGGAGACUCCCAGUAGCAGCACUCGGCUUUAUAUUUCUAAUGCAUGUGUAUUUGCAUAAAUGAGUCUAGAUGUAUGUGUGUGUGAAAGCAAAUUUUAAGACAACGUCAACCAGUCCCCAUAAUGCCUCUACAGAGUUGAAAAUGCAUUCUAAAAAUGAAAUGAAAUAUGCAUACACACAUGCACUGAUCCAACAAUAUUUGUGCGAACACUCCCGCUUGUGUGCUGCCUGGCUCCAAAAAAACCCACUGUAUCCAAAAAAUAAAUAAAAGCAAUGCUGCAACAACCUUAUUCAACCGUCAGAUGGUGUAGUUACAGAAUAAUGAAUUAACGUUUUCCAUUUAUAUCAGACCUUUCUUGAACCUGAAAGUGAUUUAUGCUGAAUUGAAUGUCAAGCCACCGGACCAGUGAAAGUAAUAAAAAAAUAAAUGAUGGAUCACAUAUCAAUUACAGUGAGAAAGGAAGUGUCGGUCUCCUUGUAAUACAAUGAAGCAUGAAGUGGUUGGGACGGCAGGCCAGAAAAGAUACAGCUUAUUCUCCCGAAACAUUUGUGCGGCUUUGACAAUACAUCGACUAAAACAGAAAACUUAAGUUUGUACUUAAAUUGUUUCCAGCAUUUUUGCUCCAUUACAUCCGAGAAUGAGCCCCUUUUGAACUAUGCAUCAACACUGAGCAGUGAUGCUGUAGUUAAUUAGAAGACUGAUAUGUCCCCAGCCCACUGCCAUGCCUCACUGUACCUCCAGGCAGUGUCAAUCUGUAUGUGAAAUCUUCUGAAAGAGAUGGAGAUGAUGUGGUGGGCUUGUAUGAAUGAGCGUUUUUGACAAGCUGUUGCACAAUAAUGUAAAGUUCCUUCUCCUUCUUCACUCUCCUCUUAUUUACUUUUCCUGCCUCAUCCACCUAUCCGACAAGCUUUUCAUCAUGUUUUCCUCUCCAUCCCCCUCCCCUUUCUCUUAACACUGUAAAUUUGCACAUGUAAGAUGACAGCAUCAACUCACGCAAUAAUGUCAACUGUAUCACAGUGUUUCUCUGUCUUAGCCAGCAUUGAUUAUAACAACCAUGCUUAUGAAAAUCUACUACUGUCAGUGUCUGUGGGAAAAAAAUAAAUGUGAGGAAAAAGUUCGGACAGCUGUAAAAUGUUCUUUGUUUCAUGAACAGGGAUAUGAUAUUGACCCGUUCUUGAGCUCACACUAUCGGGGUGAACUGAACUUUCUUCGUUUUCCUUUGUAUGUUUUUAUGAAACCAAACAAACUGUUUGUUUAGCAGGCAAAAUGAUUGCUCAUUUCUAUCAAACUGUUCACUAGUUGUCAAGUUUUCUUUCUUUUUCUUAUUUCUAAAUACUACAUGUGGAAUCUAAAUUUAGUGUAACCUUGCAUAUUAACUGAAGUAGUUUACAUUAAAAGAUCUAAGCGUGGAGCACAGAAAAAGGGAAACAUGAUAUAAAGCAACAAUGUUCUUGUCCUAUCUGUACUUAUAAAUAAAGUAAACUAUAGCUAAGUCUG